UGGCCGUGAAGAAAGUUUGUUUUUGGUCGUGAUUCCGCCCAAAAGUUCAGUUCAGUUAACAGCCAUGUCCAGCAGUUGUAAACCAAAGCCUAGGUGUUUUGGGAGCGACAUCCACAGACUGCUGCUGGCUGCUGAAGCUGGUCAGAAGGCGGAUAUUCUGAGCUACUACUCAGGUCAUCUGGGGCCUCGCAGCCUGAACCAGAGUCAACCUGACAGGGAGAAAAAGCAGUUUUUCUGGAGGAUGUCUCAGAGACAAGAAGAAACCCCUCUGACACUCCAGCAGACAUGGACAAAGGCACUGACCUAUGUAAAGAAGAAAGAAAUGAAAGAGUCUCCCCCCGAGUUCUCCACUGGCACAGCUUUAGUAGAGUCUGAAGUCUCUAGGUCAGAACAAGACCCAGCUACUGAUCGCUCAUCACAUGCAGACAGAGAAGCUAUAAGUCUACCUAAGAUAGUUUACUGUUCCCCAAACUCUUUGCCGGUCCAGCCAAGAAUUUUUUCCCGGAAAAAGUCUAACUCUUUGUCUGAUCUGGAGGGGAAACAACAAUUCUGUUCAAGCCACUCUGACCAGGAAGGCCUGAAUAAUGAGGGCCAGCUACAGAUGAAACAGCGGUUUGGCAGGCAAGUCAGAGCCAAGCAGGACCUCUGGGCUGGAAUAAAUGUUGCUGAAAUGCAUGAGAGGAAACUACAAAAGGAACUGAAGAAGCUGUCAGCGCAAAGCUGGCCCAGCAGAGACCGCCUUGUGGUGUUCAGUGACGUCUUUGAUGAUGUAUGUGAAGGCUCGCCAGUUUUUGGACGCAUCCUGAGGGAAAUUAAGACAGAUUAUGAUCUGUAUGUCAACCACAUGAUGGCUUCCCAAUCAUCAUUACAGGACAUGUCACUGAAUACUUCACUCAAAGGUCUUGGCAAUGGCAAAGUAUGGCAAAUGGAGUUAGAAGAUGCUGAAAAAGAGGUUUGCAGGCUGGAGCAGAAGGCCAGAAGAGCUCUAGAGGAGAAUAAACGAGUCCAAAAUGAAUUACAGAAUGUUCCAGCUACCACAGGCCCAGAGGACAGUGGCAUGAAGAGUACAUCUCUGUCAGGGCUGCAGGACACAGAGAUCAGCUGCACCAACAGUGUCCGAUCCAAGAGGCUCCAGGUGUUGAACACAUGUAGGGAGAUCCAACAGCUGGAGGAGGAGAUUAAGGAGAAGCUGGUGUCCACUGUUACAACCACGGCCACUGAAAGACGAAUCAAAGACCUCAAGGCAGAGAUAAUGAGACUGAUAGCCUCAAAUGACCGUCUGAAGACCACCAACAAGGAUCUGGAAAACAACAUCAACAUGGUGCUGAGCAGAGAAAAAGCAAGUAAAGCCAUAAGACGGACGCUGUGGAAGGAAAUACAUUGUGAUCUACAAACAGACAGUGAAUAGCUUCAUCUCCAAGUAAACCAGACGAUCAUUGCUCGAGAUGGAUGUUUCAAAGUCAAACAGCAUGCGCUAGAUAAAGUGCAAUGUGCAAUAAAAUGAAGGAUUAAGUA